CUUUCGUUGAACUCGUCCGAGAUGUGGAAUAUGAACAUUGAGGACACCAUUUAUUGCAAGCAAGUGAGUUCUGUUGAAACUUCAAUUAAUCAGUGCUAAUUAUUACUGAAAUUAAUCACUUAACCACUGUUCACUUCGAAAUAAUUGUGAAAAUUUGAGAGUGAAGUGUUUGUAUUUGAAAUCAGUACAAUGGCUAACAAUCAGGAAUGUACGGAUGAAAUCUGCGACUCCACGCAGGAGAACAACGCACCGAUAGAUCCGAAUAACUGUUAUGAACGACUUGUCAUCGCUGUUCCUAGCGACGUUCGCUCUCCCACGGGAAACCUGCCGUGUCUGGACACAUAUCCAGGAAUCUACGACUUUGGGGUCGAACUGGGAGGAAAUAACAGCAAGCAUGCCUGGGUGUUUUCGCCGAAGCUGGGAAAAGUCUUCAUAGAUGUGAACAAAGUGCUACUAUUCAAAUUUCGACUGAACACUCAGAACAUGAUGGGUCUCCGCGUGAGGGCGCUUCCUGUCUAUAUCAUCCCGGACCACAUCAAUAAUCCUGUCAACAGGUGCACACUUCACGCCUUCAAGUGUGAUCCGAACCACUUGGCCCACGCUCGCGAUGGCGUGUGCCUGUGCGCAGACUUCAACCUGGCUGGUCACGUGGUGACGGCGACUCACGCGAAUGCGGAGUACGAGUACAACGCGGACAGCGGUCGCCAUUCCGUGGUGGUGCCUCUGGACACGCCGCAUGCAGGCAGCGACACGACAGCUGUCGCCUACCAGUUUGGAUGCAAGACAUCCUGUCCCGGCGGCAUGUCACGGAGGCCUAUCAAUCUUGUCUUCACUCUGGAAACUGAACACGGCCAAGUAGUAGGAAGAUCAGUGCUUCCAGUGAAAGUAUGCAGUUGCCCCAAGCGAGACAAGGAGCGCGAAGAGGCUGACGCGGCCGCUUCUGCAGUCACGGCAGAUUCGGCCGGAUACGCGCUGGAGCCACGGCAGAGUGGCCACUCCAGACGGCGAGCUGCGUCGUCGCAGAACACACACUCUGCUCCCGGCAAGGCUGCGCGUACGGAACAUGCCACUCCGGUGCCAGACCAGAGCCUAGCCAUCUUGAUGAACACAGUUCAACACAUGAGUCACGUGCUGCAACGUAUCCACGAGGUGCAACUGCAACAGAGAGAGCAAUUUGAACAGAGACAGAACGAGCUUUUGGAAGCUAUUCAAGAAUUGUCUUCAAGAAUUGCCUCCAGGUCAUCCAGUUACCGGCAAAAACAGUAGUCAGACUACAGACAUUAUUCUGUGAUAUUAUCAUCCAAAAAGCUAAAACCAUUCAACUUCCUUGAGCGAGAACUUUAAUAUUUUUAGUUUUUUAUGAUAAGUCGUUUUAUUCAAGUCAAUAACUUGAACUAGUUAUUCUGUUCAAGACAAUAACUAUAUAAUAAAAUAUAUAUAGGUCUUACAGUUACCGUCAAAAACACUGUAAUAUAGUUAGGUCCACGUUAUAAUGACAGUAUUUGAUCAACUUUGGUUUUGCUAUCCUUGUCUAUCAUUCGACAAAGCCGGUGAUACUAUCCUUUUCUAGGUCCACAACGAUGCCAAUUAUGUUUUUGACAGUGUGGAAAUAUAAUUAAUUAAUGCAGAGAAUCUGCAUCGCUAUUAUUCUGCCACUGCUAUUAUAACGUGGACCUCACUAUAGUAUACAAAUAGUUCAAUGAUAGAACUAUUCCAAGCAAAAACUUUAUCAUUUUCUCAUAAUAAAUCGGUUUAUUCGAGUUAACUUGAAUGAAUAUAUAGGUCUUACAGUUACCGGUGAAAGCAGUUGUAAGAUUAUAGACGGUGAUAGUAUCCAAAUAGUUCAAUCAUUGAACUAUUUCAAGCAAUAAUUUUAUUAUUUUCAGUUUCUCAUAAUAAAUCGGUUUAUUCAAGUCAAUAAUUUGAAUACUUAUGGUUUUCCAGUUACUGGCAAAAUCAGUUGUAAGACUAUGAA